UACCCUCUGGGUUACAAGUUCGGCGCCACUGAUUGUUAUUUGUAAUACCUACUUAAAUUAUUAUAUUAAUAUUUAUUAUAAUAACUAAUAUAUAUAAAUUCUGCUCAUUACUAUUUAGUGCAUUACUUGAUACUUAUAUUAUAUUCUUAUCUUUCUCAGUAGUUUUGUCAUAAUGUCAUGGUUUGUCAUGAUAAAAACCAAUAAUAUGAUAAACAUAAACUACUGUCGGUGCACGUUGGCCGGGCGGCUUGUCGAAGUCGAACCAGCUACGCCUCGUCCGCUGUGUCUGUAGUGUCUGUACGCUAUAUUAUUGUUUAUUAUAAUACACCUAUCGUCGUACUAUAUUGUAUCUUUUUUCAAAAUGCACUUCUCUACUUAUCUUUCGUCACCGCCAUCCGUCAUUAGUCAUUAUUCAUUUAUGACGAUAUUUCAAUUCCACUACUAUACUUCAUAACGUUAUAAUCGCUAUGGGAACGAAACGUUGCCUAUUUAGUUUGUGUUAGGUAAACCUACAUUGCUUGACGCUUGUAAUCAAGUAUUUUAAUAUAGGUAGGUAUAAAAUAUUUGUUAUUAUUAUGACUGGUUAUUUUCCAUAUCUUAAGUCAAAAUGAAACGAAAUCUUAAAAGUAUACUGAAGUAUUUACUUUUCAUUGUGAUCACUGCACUCGUGACAACUAUAAUUUUUAAAUUGUCUACUCAAUUUAAUCGAUAUGGAAAUAAUAAAUCUAUGCGUGAGAAGAUGGAUAUUGCUGACAAACAGUUAUAUAUAAAUGACAAUUAUGAUAAUAAGAUUGACUGGCAUGAUUGGGAAUUUGCUAAUAGAGAGAAACAACGAAUCGGUAUUGGUGAACAAGGAGUUAGUGCUACAUUAUCAUCACUCAAUCAGCAUAAAUAUGAUGAAUUAUAUAAAGUAAAUGGAUUUAAUGCCCUGUUAAGUGACAGUAUAUCUGUUAAUCGCUCAAUACCAGACAUACGACACAAAUUGUGUCGUUUUAAAAAAUACAAUAGUAAAUUACCUACAGUUAGUAUAGUUGUUCCUUUUCAUAAUGAACAUUUCUCAACACUUCUUAGAACUGUGUAUAGUGUCUUAAACCGUUCUCCUAAAAGUUUACUUAAGGAAAUAAUUUUAGUGGACGAUUCGAGUACUAAAGCUAGUUUAAAGAAACCAUUAGAUCAUUUUAUAUCAAAUAAUUUAGGUCAUAUUGUUCAAAUCAUACGCUUGAAAAAAAGACAAGGUUUAAUUAGAGCUCGUUUAGCUGGUGCUAGAAAGGCCACCAGUGAAAUUUUAAUAUUUUUAGAUUCACAUACAGAAGCAAAUGUUAACUGGUUACCACCCCUUUUAGAACCUAUCACUGAAGAUUAUCGAACAUGUGUGUGUCCAUUUAUUGAUGUCAUUGCUUUUGAAACCUUUGAAUAUCGAGCACAAGAUGAAGGCGCAAGAGGUGCUUUUGAUUGGGAAUUUUUUUAUAAAAGAUUGCCACUUUUGCCUGAAGAUUUAUUGUAUCCUACCAAACCAUUUCGGAGCCCUGUAAUGGCAGGUGGUUUAUUUGCUAUAUCAGCUAAAUGGUUUUGGGAACUUGGAGGUUAUGAUCCUGGUCUCGAUAUAUGGGGUGGAGAACAAUAUGAAUUAUCAUUUAAAAUAUGGCAAUGUGGUGGUACUAUUUUAGAUGCACCUUGUUCAAGGGUAGGCCAUAUCUAUAGAAAAUUUGCACCGUUUCCUAAUCCUGGCAUUGGUGAUUUUGUUGGAAAGAAUUAUCGCCGUGUAGCAGAAGUAUGGAUGGAUGAGUAUGCUGAAUAUUUGUAUCUGCGUAGACCACACUACAGGAAAAUUGAUACAGGAGAUAUAACUAAGCAAAAAAAUAUAAGAAGAAAUCUUAAUUGCAAAUCAUUUAAAUGGUACAUGCAUGAAGUAGCAUUUGAUUUAGUUGAAAAAUAUCCACCUAUCGAACCACCAGAUGCGUUUAAAGGAAAGAUAAGAACUUUUACUGCACCAGAACUAUGUUUAGAUGCUACAUCAGAAAACUUGCUCAAUUUAAAAGAAUGUACUGACAAUGAUAAUGAAAAUCAAAAAUUUAUAUUGAGUUGGCGGAAUGAUAUUAAAACAAGGAAUAAUAUGUGUUUGGAUAUUAGUGACUCGUCAUUCAAAGCAAAAAUUAGCUUAUAUGGAUGCCAUAAUGGUGGAGGAAAUCAAUUGUGGCAUUAUGAUCAUAGUAAGAUGAAACUUGUCCAAGGAAAAAAUCCUAGAUGUAUGGAACAUGACAUUAGUACCAGAAAAGUUUAUGUAACUCAAUGCAAACAAAAUAUUGAUGAUCAAAAAUGGAUAAUAGAAAAUGUUAACUCCAAAUCAACUAACUGGUCAUUAAUAUAUUAGAGAACAAUAAAUAUUUAAGAUUUCCGUAACAAAUUAUUUGAACAAAUUAUUUACAUAUUAAUACUUAUUUUAUUUUUUAUUUUAAAUAAGAAAAUGUAAAAUUUUUUAGUUUUAUAUAAUGUAAAGUAUUAUAAUGUAAUAUCAUGUUGCUCAUAAUUAUGUUACAAAUUUAACAUUAUAAAUACCUACUUAAAAUAAAAUAACAUCAUUGAUAAAUUAUGAUUUAGUACCAUUGUAAAAAUAAACUAAUAAUAACAAAUAAUGCAAAAAAUUGAAUCAUAGAAAAUUAUAUUAAAAAGUGUCUAACUUAUUAACAUUACAUUGUGUCAUGUUAAUAGAAUAUACCUUAGUAUAAAUAUAAACAAUGUAUCUAUUUUUUAAACUUAAUACUUAUAUAUCUAAAUGUUGAAUUAUGUCGGCUUAUCUGCAAUACAAAACAUAGACUAAAACAAUUCACAUUUAAAUUUAUUUCGUAUUAUAUACAUUUUAACUUAAAAGUAAAUAAUUGUUUUAUACUACAAAAUAUACAAACAUCAAUUGAUCUAUAAGGCAUUAAUACUUGACAUUUGUAUCAUACAUUGUUGUAUUCUUUACUUUUUGUCUGUGAUAUUAUUAUUUUAAAUUGUAUUUUGUUACCAAUUUAUAUUCUUUAGUAUUAAAAAUAUUAUAAUGAACUAUAUUACAGUCUAACAUUGUUUAAAUAUAUUUUAUACUUACCGAC